AUGACUCAAGACAUGAUGAAUCAGCAGCAACAGGACAUAUAUCUCUAUUCCAGUCCAGUAUAUAAAUCAAAAAUGUCAGCUAUUGGAAUUGAUUUAGGUACUACAUACUCAUGCGUUGGUGUAUGGCAAAACGAUCGUGUUGAAAUCAUUGCCAACGACCAAGGUAACAGAACCACCCCAUCAUAUGUUGCCUUUAACGACUCUGAACGUUUGAUUGGUGAUGCCGCCAAGAACCAAGUCGCCAUGAACCCAACCAACACCAUUUUCGAUGCCAAGCGUCUCAUUGGUCGUAAGUUCUCUGACGCCGUCGUCCAAUCCGACAUGAAGCACUGGCCAUUCAAGGUUGUCCAAAAGGAAGGUGACAAGCCAUACCUCCAAGUUGAAUUCAAGGGUGACGUUAAGACCUUCUCCCCAGAAGAAGUCUCAUCCAUGGUUCUCCUCAAGAUGAAGGAAACUGCCGAAGCCUACCUCGGUAAGACCGUCAACAACGCUGUCAUCACCGUUCCAGCUUAUUUCAACGACUCUCAACGUCAAGCCACCAAGGACGCUGGUGUCAUUGCCAAGCUCAACGUUCAACGUAUCAUCAACGAGCCAACCGCCGCCGCCAUCGCCUACGGUCUCGAAAAGAAGUCUGCCACCGAAAAGAACAUCCUCAUUUUCGAUCUCGGAGGAGGUACAUUCGAUGUCUCUCUCCUCACCAUCGAAGACGGUGUCUUUGAAGUCAAGGCCACCGCUGGUGACACCCAUUUGGGAGGUGAAGAUUUCGACAAUCGUAUGGUCUCUCAUUUCGUCGAAGAGUUCAAGCGUAAGCACAAGAAGGAUCUCAUGACCAACCAACGUGCCCUCCGUCGUCUCCGUACCUCUUGCGAGCGUGCCAAGCGUACCCUCUCCUCAUCUGCCCAAGCCUCGAUCGAAAUCGACUCGCUCAUGGAAGGUAUCGAUUUCUACACCUCGAUCACCCGUGCUCGUUUCGAAGAACUCAAUGCCGACCUCUUCCGUGGUUGUCUCGACCCAGUCGAAAAGGUUCUCCGUGACGCCAAGCUCGACAAGAAGACCAUUCACGAAAUCGUCCUCGUCGGUGGUUCCACCCGUAUUCCAAAGGUCCAAUCCCUCCUCCAAGACUUUUUCAACGGCAAGGAACUCAACAAGUCCAUCAACCCAGACGAAGCCGUUGCCUACGGUGCUGCCGUCCAAGCCGCCAUCCUCAACAACGAAGGUGGUUCCAAGGUUGCCGACAUCCUCUUGCUCGAUGUUGCCCCACUCUCUAUGGGUCUCGAAACCGCCGGCGGUGUCAUGACUGUCCUCAUCCCACGUAACACCACCAUCCCAUGCAAGAAGACCCAAACCUUCUCCACCUACUCUGACAACCAACCAGGUGUCUUGAUCCAAGUCUACGAAGGUGAACGUCCAAUGACCAAGGACAACAACCUCCUCGGUAAGUUCGAACUCUCUGGCAUCCCACCCGCACCACGUGGUGUUCCACAAAUCGAAGUCACUUUCGAUAUCGACGCCAACGGUAUCUUGAACGUAUCCGCCGAAGACAAGUCUACCGGUAACAAGCACAAGAUCACCAUCACCAACGACAAGGGACGUCUCUCUGCCGAACAAAUCGAACGUAUGGUCCGUGAAGCCGAACAAUUCAAGGCUCAAGACGAAGAACAAAAGAACAAGGUCGAAGCCAAGAACAAGUUGGAAAACUACGCCUACACCAUCCGUAACACCGUCCGUGACGACAAGGUCGCCUCUAAGCUCUCCCAAGAAGAUAAGGACUCCAUCACCAAGGCCUCUGACGAGACCAUCAACUGGUUGGAAGGAAACACCCAAGCCGAAAAGGAGGAAUUCGAUCACAAGAUGAAGGAACUCGAAAACAUCGUCAACCCAAUCAUGACCAAGAUGUACCAAGCUGCUGGUGGUGAUGCUGGUGGUAUGCCAGGUGGUUUCGAUCCAUCUGCCGCCGCUGGUGGUGCUGCCCCACGUUCUGCUCGUCCAGAAGAAGAUCUCGAUUAA